UGCCACCUCAACCUCCGCAACAUCUCCAAGAUACGUUCCUUCCUAACCAAUGACACCGCAAAGCUUCCAACUCACUCCCUGGAUAAUCUCCCACCUCAAAUACUGCUACUCCCUCCUCACUGGCUUACCUUUACAUAGGCCACCCCCCCUCCAGUCCUUCAUGGAAACCGUUCAGUAUCCUCCACCCCUCUCUGCCAAUCCCUCCACUUGCCUCCAUUCAGUGUCCUCUCUGCCAAUCCCUCCACUGGCCUCCAUUCAGUGUCCACCACCCCUCUCUGCCAAUCCUUCCACUUGCAUGCAUUCAGUGUUCUCCACCCCCUCUGCCAAUCCUUUCACUGGCCUCCACUCAACGUCUUCCAACCCUCUCUGCCAAUCCCUCCACUGGCCUCCAUUCAGUGUCCUCCACCCCUCUCUGCCAAUCCCUCCACUGACCUCCAUUCAGUGUCCUCCACCCCUCUCUGCCAAUCCCUCCACUGGCCUCCACUCCGUGUCCUCCACCCCUCUCUGCCAAUCCCUCCACUGGCCUCCACUCCGUGUCCUCCACCCCUCUCUGCCAAUCCCUCCACUGUCCUCCACUCAGUGCCCUCCACCCCUCUCUGUCAAUCCCUCCACUGGCCUCCACUCAGUGCCCUCCACCCCUCUCUGCCAAUCCUUCCACUGACCUCCAUUCAGUGUGCCCUCCACCCCUCUCUGCCAAUCCCUCCACUGGCCUCCACUCAGUGUCCUCCACCCCUCUCUGCCAAUCCUUCCACUGGCCUCCAUUCAGUGUCCUCCACCCCUCUCUGUCAAUCCUUCCACUGGCCUCCAUUCAGUGUCCUCCACCCCUCUCUGUCAAUCCCUCCACUGGCCUCCACUCAGUGUCC